AUGGACGAGGAUGGAGGGUCUGUGGGUCUGGAGGCCACCUUGGCCUCACAGCGUCCAACCUGCAACACAGACUCGGAGGAGGACAUGAUAAGUGGUGGAAUGCACACGUUCAACCAGACCCACAUGAGGAAAGCCUUCCACCUAAUGAACGACCUGAGGAGCAAAAAGCAGCUGUGUGACAUUCGUCUUGUAGCUGGGGGAUUUGAAGUAGCUGCCCACAGAGUUGUCCUGGCAUCCUGCAGCCCCUACUUCUGUGCCAUGUUCACAGGUGACAUGAGUGAGAGCAAGGCACAUCAGGUGGAGAUCCAGGAGGUAGAUGGACUGACCCUGCAAAAACUAAUUGACUACAUUUACACCGCUGAAAUAGCGGUUACAGAAGACAAUGUUCAGGUGUUGCUGCCAGCUGCCAGUCUGCUGCAGCUAAUGGACGUCCGGCAGGUAUGUUGUGAGUUUCUUCAGUCGCAGCUCCAUCCUACAAACUGUCUGGGAAUAAGAGCCUUCGCGGACCUACAUACAUGUUCUCAACUUUUGAACCAGGCACAUGCAUACGCUGAACAGCAUUUCCCUGAAGUAGUGCAAGGAGAAGAGUUUCUUAGUCUGUCUUUGCAGCAGGUCUGCAGCCUCAUCUCCAGUGAUAAACUAACUGUCUCCACUGAAGAGAAGGUAUUUGAGGCGAUGAUAUCCUGGAUUAAACAUGAUAAACCAUCUCGUCUUGAGUAUAUGUCCAAACUUAUGGAACAUGUUAGACUCCCACUUCUUUCAAGAGAUUAUCUUGUUCAGAUUGUGGAGGAGGAGGCGUUGAUUAAAAACAACAACACAUGUAAAGAUUUUCUCAUAGAAGCAAUGAAAUAUCACCUGCUACCUGCAGACCAAAGACACCUCAUCAAGACUGACAGAACUCGGCCGCGAACUCCAAUCAGCAUUCCAAAGGUAAUGAUUGUAGUUGGUGGACAAGCACCAAAAGCCAUCCGGAGUGUUGAGUGCUACGAUUUCCAAGAGGACAGAUGGUACCAGGUUGCUGACCUGCCAUCACGACGCUGUAGAGCAGGUAUAGUUUCUAUGAUGGGUCGAGUUUAUGCUGUUGGAGGUUUCAACAGCUCUCUGAGGGAGAGAACAGUGGACGUCUAUGAUGGAGUGCAGGAUCAGUGGACUGCAGUGGCCAGCAUGCUGGAGCGGCGCAGUACACUGGGGGCUGCUGUUCUGGGAGAUUUGCUUUAUGCAGUUGGAGGUUUCAAUGGAAGCAUAGGUCUUUCCACUGUUGAGGCGUAUAACUGCAAAACUAACACAUGGUUUUAUAUAGCCUCUAUGAACACCAGGCGAAGUAGCGUUGGCGUUGGAGUGGUCGAUGGUAAGCUGUAUGCAGUUGGAGGCUAUGAUGGUGCCUCACGCCAAUGUCUCAGCACAGUAGAAGAAUACGACCCGCUGACUGACCAAUGGUGUUAUGUGGCCGACAUGAGCACGAGGCGGAGUGGAGCAGGUGUGGGGGUGUUGGGCGGGCAGCUGUAUGCAGCAGGCGGACAUGAUGGUCCUCUGGUGAGAAAGAGUGUGGAAGUGUAUGACCCCCAGAGUAACACAUGGAGGCUUGUCUGUGACAUGAACAUGUGCAGGAGAAAUGCAGGUGUUUGUGCCAUCAAUGGGCAUCUCUAUGUGAUUGGUGGAGAUGAUGGUUCCUGCAACCUUUCCUCUGUGGAGUUUUACAACCCAGCAACCGAUAAAUGGAGCCUCAUUCCUACUAAUAUGAGCAAUGGGCGCAGCUAUGCAGGAGUCGCAGUCAUUGACAAAGGUCAGGAGGUGAGAUCUGGCCUGAAGGAGCCCAGGUUAUUGUCUCUCAUUGAACGCUCUGGUCACUUUUUAUUGUAUGUGUUGGCCACUCCUGAUGCUGUCGUCUCCAGACCUGUUGCCCAGCUCUCUAUUCCAGUCAAUAAACAUUUUGAGUGUCUUCGAGAAGCUGACGAAGCUCUUUUAAUUGAUCUAUCUGUAAGUUCCGCUGUACGAGUACGCGUCAAAGGAGACAAGAGCCCUGAACUUCUUUUAGAACUUCAGGAUGAUGAACGGACCCAGCUCUUUCUCACACAAGUGAAAAGUGCUCAAGAACAAGUUCAAUCUAAAGUUGUGAAACCGGACGUGAUGGAGCCCGCUGUACCGAGAGGUCCUGUGCCUAUUGCCCCUCAGAGAGGAAGUAAGGCUUCCAACGCUGUGUGCUCUGGAGUCUGUCCUCCAAGAAAGAACAGUUCUCUGCCCAACCUCAACAGCUCCUCAGUCCAGCUGAAAAAAACAGCAGAUCCUGUUCAAGCACUUGCCUCAGACUUUGGUUUUGAUGGCAGCAUUAACCACACUAAGGUAGAAGAGAAGAAGAAUCAGCAGAAUCGUUUGGUUGCCACCAGAGAGCCCCCUCCUGUUCCUCCUCUCCCUCCUCGCAAGACCACCUUCUCUCCCACCAACCCUCUCCCCCCACUCCCAGUCGCCAAGGACAGAGCUGCUUCAUUGCAGACCAAAGACUUUUACGCAAACACCAAACAAGAUUUUGACAGCGUGGACCGGUCUCCUUCUUGGUCCGACAGUCCGACCACAAAUACCAUGAAGCGGGCCUCGAUGUUCUCGACCCAGGCAGGCCAACGUGAAUAUGUCAUCAAACAUAGAAUGUUAAAAAAAGAAAGCGAGUAUGUGGACUUCAAAAACUUUAAAUUUUUUACAGGUACUUGGAAUGUGAAUGGCCAGUCACCAGACAGCAGUUUAGAGGCAUGGCUCAGCUGUGAUCCAGACCCACCUGACGUCUAUGCACUUGGUUUUCAGGAACUUGACCUGAGCACCGAGGCUUUCUUUUACAUGGAUUCGUCCAAAGAACAGCAAUGGCUCGAUGCUGUGGAGAGGAGUUUACAUCCCAAAGCAAAGCAUCGAAGGGUUCGAGUUAUUAGACUUGUAGGAAUGAUGCUUGUUGUGUACGUUAAAAAGACUCAUCUGAAUCACAUCAAAGACGUUGCUGCUGAACAUGUGGGCACUGGAAUCAUGGGGAAAAUGGGAAAUAAAGGGGGUGUGGCCAUAAGGUUUGUUUUCCACAAUACAAGCUUUUGUUUUGUGAACUCUCAUCUAGCCGCACAUGUUGAAGACUUCGAACGCCGUAACCAGGAUUACAAAGACAUAUGUGCACGUAUGACAUUCCACUUACUAGACCAACCUCCGCUCAAUAUUGUCAAGCACGAUGUCGUUAUCUGGCUUGGAGACUUAAACUAUCGUCUCUUUAUGUAUGAUGCGUCUGAAGUGAAAGGACUUAUUGCUCAAAAACAAUUAAAAUCACUUCAGGAAGUCGAUCAGUUAAACAUCCAGCGAUCCACCAAGAGAGCCUUCACUGACUUUAUGGAGGGAGAGAUCAAUUUUCUUCCCACCUACAAGUACGACCCAAAAACAGAUCGUUGGGACUCAAGUGGGAAGUGCCGUGUCCCAGCUUGGUGUGACAGGAUUCUGUGGAGGGGGAGCAGUGUCAAGCAGAUUGAAUACAGGAGUCACAUGGAACUGAAGACAAGCGAUCACAAACCUGUCAGCUCCCUCUUCAGCAUAGGAGUCAAAGUAGUGGAUGAGCAGCGCCAUAAAAAGGUGUUUGAGGAGCUUGUUCGGGAAAUGGACAGAAUGGAGAAUGACUUCCUUCCGUCUGUGUCACUCAGCAGGAGAGAAUUUACAUUUGAAAAUGUGAAGUUCCGGCAGCUUCAGAGAGAACGCUUUCUGAUCACCAAUGAUGGCCAGGUUCCUUGUCAUUUUACUUUCAUCCCGAAGCUUAAUGACUCUCAGUACUGCAAAAAUUGGCUCCGAGCUGAACCCAGCGAUGGACUCUUGGAUCCCAGUGAGAAACUGGAGAUUUAUUUGGAGGUGUAUGUGAGUAAAGACUCGGUCACACUUCUGAACUCUGGGGAGGACUCGAUUGAGGACAUUCUCGUGCUCCAUCUGGACAGGGGAAAGGACUACUUCAUCACCAUCUCUGGGAACUAUCUUCCCAGCUGCUUUGGGACUUCACUGGAGACCCUGUGUCGCAUGAAGAAACCAAUCCGAGAAAUUCCCAUCACUAAACUAAUUGACCUGGGUGAGGACAGCUACAUGGACAAGGAAAAGUCAAAGGUUAAUUUUCUGAUCGCUGAUGGGGGGAUUGGUGAAGAUCGCCCUCUGAAUAUCCCAAAAGAAGUUUGGAUCCUCGUCAACCACCUGUUCACAAAGUCGUGUGCUCAGGAGGACCUUUUCCAGACACCUGGAUUACAAGAGGAACUGCAAAACAUUAUUGACUGCUUGGACACAAGCAUCCCAGAUCUUGUCCCUGGGUGUAACCACUCGGUAGCAGAAGCAUUGCUGAUUUUCUUAGAGGCUUUACCUGAACCAGUGGUCUGUUACGAACUCUAUCAAAAGUGCCUGGAGUGCUCUCAUGACAGCCGGCUCUGCAAACAGUUGAUAUCGCAGUUGCCUCGGGCCCACCGCAAUGUGUUCCGCUACUUAAUGGCUUUUCUGAAGGAGCUCCUCAAGCACUCUCACAACAACAACCUUACAGCGAGUCUUUUGGCCACACUCUUUGCCAGCUUGCUUAUCCGGCCCCCUCCAAACCUUGUGGUACGGCAGACAUCACACGACCGCCAGAAAGCCAUUGAUUUUGUCCUGGGAUUCCUCAUGGCAGGAGAGGAGGAAUGA